CUGCAGACUCGAGCCGAUAAAAGCAGUGGCGACGCUCGGAGCUUCCCUUGUUCAGUGCCAGCCGUGAGGAGGAGAGGAUAGUGAGCUCCAGCCUGCCAAAAAACAGCCAAUAUGAGCAAGCCAGCCUACAAAAUCGCCGACAUCAACCUUGCUGACUUCGGUCGCAAGGAGAUCGUCAUGGCCGAGAAGGAGAUGCCUGGCCUGAUGAGUCUCCGCAAGAAGUACGGCACCACCAAGCCUCUGAAGGGAGCACGCAUCGCUGGCUGCCUGCACAUGACCAUCCAGACCGCAGUGCUCAUCGAGACUCUGAUUGAGCUUGGCGCCGAGGUUCAGUGGUCGUCCUGCAACAUCUUCAGCACCCAGGACCACGCCGCCGCUGCCAUCGCCAAGGCCGGCAUUCCCGUUUAUGCCUGGAAGGGCGAGACCGACGAGGAGUACAUCUGGUGCAUCGAUCAGACCAUCAUGUUCCCCGACGGCAAGCCCCUCAACAUGAUCCUGGACGAUGGUGGUGACCUGACCAACCUUGUGCACGAGAAAUACUCCAGCCUGCUGCCCGGCAUCAAGGGCAUCUCUGAGGAGACCACCACCGGCGUGCACAACCUCUACAAGAUGAUGCGUGAGGGCAAGCUCAAGGUUCCGGCAUUCAACGUCAACGAUUCUGUCACUAAGAGCAAAUUUGACAACCUGUACGGGUGCCGCGAGUCCCUGACCGACGGCAUCAAGCGUGCCACAGACAUCAUGCUGGCGGGCAAGACCUGCGUGGUGGCCGGCUACGGCGACGUGGGCAAGGGCUCAGCACAGUCCCUCCGCGCCUUUGGGUCCCGGGUGCUCAUCACAGAGAUUGACCCCAUCAAUGCCCUGCAGGCUGCCUGUGAGGGAUACCAGGUCACCACCAUGGAGGAUGCCAUCAAGCAGGGCGCCUCCAUCUUUGUCACCACCACCGGCUGCCGCGACAUCAUCACCGGCGAACACUUCAGCGCCAUGCGGGAUGACUCCAUCGUCUGCAACAUCGGUCACUUCGACAUUGAGAUUGAUGUCAAGUGGCUGGACGAGAACUGUGUGGAGAAGGUGAACAUCAAGCCUCAGGUGGACCGCUACCUCCUCAAGUCUGGCAACCACGUCAUCCUGCUGGCGGAGGGCCGGCUGGUGAACCUGGGCUGUGCCAUGGGCCACCCCUCCUUUGUCAUGUCCAACUCCUUUACCAACCAGGUCUUGGCACAGAUCGAGCUGUGGACCAAGCCCGGACAGUACCCUCUUGGCGUCCACUUCCUGCCCAAGAAGCUUGACGAGGAGGUGGCCUUCCUUCACCUGGAACACCUGGGCGUCAAGCUCACCAAACUCACCCCCGUUCAGUCCGAAUAUUUGAGUCUUCCCGCUGCCGGCCCAUACAAGCCAGACCACUACAGGUACUAAGUCUCCCUCACACACCAUCCAGAUAUAAGUUAUUCUGUUUUCUAUCUUAUGUUUAAGGUACACGACCAGUAAACGUAUCUCGACACUGUCUUGUUAAAUGGUUAAUAAAUAAUGACUUCUACA